UUCAUGCACACUAAAACGCUAAAUGCAUUUUCAAAUCCACAUUGAAUUUCGCUACAUUCAUUGCGGGACAUUUAAUGAAAAUGCAAUUGCAAGUGUCUUAACUGUGAGUACAAAUGCAAUUAAGAAAAAAAACAUUUAAAGUCCCCGUGAACCGGAAGUUGCAAACGACUUUUCUCCAGUGUUGUGACGUAUUUCCAAGUGAAACGGAAUAUUGAAUAGAGGGCAGGGUUUUAUUUUAGCGCUCCUCCUCUCCAUCUCUCGCUCAUAGCAGACUAACGGUCGGAGGGGAGUGGUUUAAGCGUUUUCAACCCAAGCUGUCAAACUGAUGUCAUUAAAGAAGGGGCACCGUUGCAGAGGGGAGGAGCAUUUUCAGAUUUUUAUUAAAUAUUACGAAGCCAAACAAUUUUUUUGUGUGGAUUGACUUGCACGGAUGAAUUGUUCACCACAAAACUAGCAAUUUGAGCUAACAAAAUAAAUAAGGUCAAAUUGUGUGUACUUUAAAUGAUCAUUUUGCUACAAUUUUUGCUUGAACAUGUUAAACAUAUAUAAUCAUUUCUGUAAUACAUUUUAAUUUUAAUUUUGCAACUUAUAAAGCGUUGAAAUAUAUGUUUAAAUUAUAUGUUAAAACUAUGUUAGGAAAUAGCAAAUGUAAAUUAUAUUGUUAAAUUUGAAUGAUCAUUUUGCUCCGAACAUUGCACAUAUGGUAUGGAAAAUGUAAAUUCAAAUACAGAAAUGCAUUGCCAUUUUACAUAUUGCAUUGCCAUUUUGCAUAUUACAUUUCAAAUUGAAAUUUGCUACACAUAUGCUCCCAUAAGCAUCCAUUGACAUCCAUUCAAAAAACGGCCUCUGGUCUCCUUCCCUGCGUACCGCCAGAGCAGGGUUGCCAGUUUUUCAUAACAAAACCCGCUCAAUUGCUCCUCAAACUUGCCCAAAACUAGCCCAGUCGCAUUUCAGGGGGGUCCCACGGUAAAAUUCGCGUUCCAGGGACUAUAUCGCGUUAUUUUGGAUUGAUUCAACCCGCUGCAACAGCCCGCGGAAUUGGGCUACUUUUACACUGUUGCCACGGGUUCAAAAGUCAGUUGAAAUUACGUCACAGUUAUUAACAUCGUACAUCUAUCGAUUUUAUUAAUUAAUUUAUUUUAAUUUGAUGUGCAUUUAAACGCUAUCACACUGACAUUAAAUUGCAAAUAAAGUAAUUAAAUUAAUAAAUAAUAAAUUAAAAUACACAUCUGUGAGGGUGUUUCCAGGCUGGGGAUCAAGUGCCUGCUCACUCUGUAUUUUUUUGGGAAGAUCAUAUGUGAACAAAAGUGGUCAAUGUGAAAAAUAUGGGGAAAUUCAUGUUUUUUUCUGUAAGUGUUUAAAAUUCUUCUAACAUUUAAUGGAACGUAGUUUUGAUCGCAAUAUUUUUUCUUCCACCCACAUUUGCAUUGUCGACUGUAAGAUUGGAAAUUUAUUUUCUUGUGCCCUGAAAUAUAUUUUUAAAUGUAUUUUCUUGCCCCUGAAAUACAUUUUUAAGUAUAUGAAGGUUGAAACAAAAUAUAUUUUCAGUUUCAAAAAUAUAUUUCAUCGAACUUCACUGUUUACCUCAUAUAUUAAAAUUAUAUUUCAAAUAUAUUUUGGCCAGAUAAACAUUUUUUUCCGUCUGGUUGCUGUAGUGCAGAAACAUUGUAUCUCUGAAUUUCGUAAUUUCUUAUUUAUUUCUUUUCAUAAAUCUUAGCGGUCAUCCUUUACGUCUCUCUGUGGGUUUUGAAAUAUUUAUUUAACCAGUGAAAAGUUUUAAAAUGAGCUUGUGACUAAACCUCGUAACUACAUUGGCUCUUCAAACUGUCAGUCAAACCUCACAACUCCACACGCCUCUAUGGUAAAAGAAGUGCUACACGCCGUUUGAAGAGAGAUCUCUGCUUGUUUACAAUAUUAGGGUAAGUAAACAACUGUUUGAAUAAGUACAGCGCUUUCUUUACUCAAAAAACACUAUAUGUAAAAACUCAUGUUUUAUGUGUUUGAGGAGCAGAGAAGAGUGUCUUGCAUUUGUCACCGAGUCAUAGCCAGUCUUAAAUAGUCUCUGUGUUGCGCUCAUUAAUUAAAAAUACUUAGUCACUCUUUGUAUUUGUAUUGCAUGUUCAAUUUUAAUCUAACGAAACAGCGUAGGUCUCCAACUCUUUAUCUAUUCUUGUGUUCCACUGUGACGUUACUGUGAUCGCCGCAUUCCUCAGAACGUUCGAUGAGUAUAAGCUUGAGUGCAGAGCCAGUUUUCCUUUUGUAGCGAGUCGGCGAGUAUUCGUAAGUAUGCUCUUUACACAGGGAUUGGGGAUCUGAAUUUUAAUCUUUUUAUAACUCUGAGAAGAAUCUGCUGAAACAGUGGAAUGUUAUUUCUAUUUACUGUACAUUUAGAUAAAUAAAUAGGCAUGCAGUGGUGGUUUGUGUGGAAAUGGGAGGCUGAUAUCUAAAUCAAUAAUGAUCAAAAGAAAAAAUUGAUAACUUGAUCAUUUAUGUUUCACUGACCAACCGAUUGCAGAUCUGAUGACACACUGAAGUGAUAGUGAAAGCUGAUAUGUGUAGUUUCUAUUUGGGCGUAAUAGAAAAAUUUUAUAUACUUUUGCUCUCAGCCUCCCUUCACUUUUCUGAUGGACCACCACUGGGCAUACACUGUAGGCCUGUACUUUUUAUACAUGGGUAUACUUUGUUUUCCACGUUCUGCUCAUUCUCAAUCUCGUGCAUAGUUAUGUCCGCACGGCUAUUAACAGAUGGAUGAGUUUGACAUAUGCACACUACAAUUGCUUAUUUAUACUCUACCAGAUGUCAAAGGGCAGCACUGAAUGUUGUCAAUAUUCUUGUGUCUUAACAUUCACCUAGCGUAUGCGCAGUUGUACACACACCAUCAGUGCAAACACCUUCUGAUGAUGAAAAUUGCAGAACGCAGAUGACAUAAGUAUACUUUGGGCUUAAAACAACAAGCUUUCAGGUUCUUAUACUGUAUGUUGUUUACUCAUCUUAUUUCUUCCCUUUCUCUUUCUUUCAUAGUUUCACAGUUACAGAUUGCAUAUAGUCAUUUCUAGAUCACUUUUCACCAUCACAUCAAACAUCUAUUGGAGUAUGUCAACCAUGCCCAGUAUUUAUUCUGAUGAGCUCAUCACGGCCCUUGCUGCGGGGAAGUGGUGGGCGAUGGUGGAAGUUUCAUCCCCUAUAUCUGAGGAGCCUGAGUAUGGGGGCCACAUCUCUGGCCAGUGGGGGGAUUUAGUGGAGGCACAACAAACUUCGUGCCCCACAUCCCUGGUCUUCAGUGAUACAUCUGAGAAGGCCCAGAGAAGGUCCCAGCACUCAGGCUUCUCAGAUGCAACACGGAAGACCAUAAAGCAGUCAAGGCAGAAGAUUGCUCAGGGAGGACCUGUCCCUGCCAGGUCCAAACAGGUAGCACCUGUGCCCGCCAAUUCUGUGAAAGGGGACCUCUCUUCAUCCCUGGUCUUCAGUGACGCAUCCGAGCAGGCCCCAAACUCAGAUGCAAUGCUGAAGAACAUGGAGCAGCAGAGAAGGCGGAGAAAGAAAAAGCCACAGGUAGCACCUGUGCCUGAUGGGUCCCCACAUGGGACACCUGUGGCUGCUCCAAAGGACAAUGUAGGUCUGCGUCAGGCACCUCCACAAAAACUAUGUGUGGAAAUUGACAACCUAAAUGAAAAGACGCAGCAGCUGAAUCUUAAUCUGGAGAGUCACAACCAUCAAGCUCCUCAGAGGAAACCGAGAAUUCGGAGCAGCCUUCGGCGCGGGUCCCAGCUGAGCCGGAAAAAAGCAUCGGACAAUGCAGGUGUGGACCCAAAAGGUGUGCCGGUGCAUUCGGGGACCUCAGAGGGAGCACCCGUGCCUGAUGGGUCCCCACAUGGGACACCUGUGGCUGCUCCAAAGGACAAUGUAGGUCUGCGUCAGGCACCUCCACAAAAACUAUGUGUGGAAACUGACAACCUAAAUGAAAAGACGCAGCAGCUGAAUUUUAAUCUGGAGAGCCACAACCAUCAAGCUCCUCAGAGGAAACCGAGAAUUCGGAGCAGCCUUCGGCGCGGGUCCCAGCUGAGAGGGAAAAAAGCAUCGGACAAUGCAGGUGUGGACCCAAAAGGUGUGUCGGUGCAUUCAGGGACCCCAGAGGGAGCACCCGUACCUGAUGGAUCCCCACAUGGGACACCUGUGGCUGCUCCAAAGGACAAUGUAGGUCUGCGUCAGGCACCUCCACAAAAACUUUGUGUGGAAACUGACAACCUAAAUGAAAAGACGCAGCAGCUGAAUUUUAAUCUGGAGAGCCACAACCAUCAAGCUCCUCAGAGGAAACCAAGAAUUCGGAGCAGCCUUCGGCGCGGGUCCCAGCUGAGCCGGAAAAAAGCAUCGGACAAUGCAGGUGUAGACCCAAAAGGUGUGCCAGUGCAUUCGGGGACCCCAGAGGGAGCACCCGUGCCUGAUGGGUCCCCACAUGGGACACCUGUGGCUGCUCCAAAGGACAAUGUAGGUCUGCGUCGGGCACCUCCACAAAAACUAUGUGUGGAAACUGACAACCUAAAUGAAAAGACGCAGCAGCUGAAUUUUAAUCUGGAGACCCACAGCCAGCAAGCUCCUCAGACGAAACCGAGAAUUCGGAGCAGCCUUUGGCGUGGGUCCCAGCUGAGCCGGAAAAGAGCAUUGGACAAUGCCGGUGUGGACCAGUCACCCCCACAAAAAAAACAGCGCAUGGCAAUUGAAGUCAAGGCCCAACAGUCAGAGCAAGGCAGCUUAGAGCAAAUGGAUAAUUUAUGUAGCAUGUUGACAAAGUUUUGUCGACGCUGA